AUGGCCGAUUCCAUUGAGAACCCGAAACUACAAGUCAACAUGGCCGAAUCCAUUGAAAACCCAAAACUACAAGUCAACCUGGCCGAUUACUUUGAAAACCCGAAACUACAAGUCAAUCUGGCCGAAUCCAUUGAAAGUCCGAGGGAACCUGUAGUAAAAGAUGCUAUUCCGAGACAGCCUGCUCAAGAAGCGCCGGAAUUAACCAUCGAAAACCUCACGGAGUUGGGAUUUGAUCAUGAACUAAUUCGUUUUGCGGUCUUUCAUACCAAUGGAUGCAUUUGGGAAGCUGCUGAUGUACUAUUGAGGUUCGAAGAUCGGCCAGACAAGGGGGAUGCGGUGGCCCGUCUCGAGUUCGCACUUUGGAUUGCAAACAAUGACCGUGUCAAAGCAUUGAAAAUUCUCGCAAAAUUCCGUUCUGGCGCCCGAGGACAAAUCAAAAUACUGCAAUCGACGACUCCAAAAGACAAUGCCGAGCAAAGUAUCGCCGAAACGGCGCUGAAGCAGUCUCCUUUCGAGAAAACAACGGAUACGGCCCAAAGUCAAAGCCAAAAGCAAAGGGUUGCCACCAAUAUAGAUAGGAAACCCGUUACCACAAACGCAACACCAGCGCACCCAAAGGAGAACACUUCCGGUAGCGGUGUCAAGCGCAAAAUCUCAGUAGACGUAAUUGAAAUCCCGGAUGAUGCUGUGCUUGAUGUCGGUACCGAUGCUCAUGAUUCGUCCCGUCGGAAGACAGAGAGGAGAUCUGUACAGAAUCGAACACGAGCGGUUCGGCUCUCACCCCUGAAUGAAGAGGUAUGGGCGGAUGCGAAGAUGAAAUGGGCGGACGAACUGUUCCGGAGUUCCAAAAGUCAACUGGUAUUAAGCGAAAACUUUCGAGGACCCCUUCCUCAUAAGUUCGAGUGUCUCGUUAGACUUCUUGAAAGAAAAACAGUUCUUCCCACAAUUCGGAAAGAGCUCUUGAAGAUCGAAAGCAAUAUAUUUCCGGAUUCUAAAAGAUGUAUUGAACGGUUUGGGGAAAUUUCUGCUACAAUUGAGUUGAAAGAUGCUUGCUUGCAUUGCUCAAAAACUCACAAAUGGCUGCUAAGCUUGGAUGAGGUUGUCGUCUUUCUCAUUUUAAACCGCACACCAUCGAGACAAGGCUUACUAGCUUUCAUAACAAGAUGCGGCAGCGUUAGCAAGCUUUGUGGGAACAAGUCAUGUAGACGUACAUCCCACAUUAUAGGAAAGAGCCUGGAAACCGCAGCAAGUCGUACGGCAUGUCAAAAUGAGCGGAAAAGAGUUUUAGAUGGUGAUCAUAUACCACUGGACAAAUGCCUCACUCGGCAUUUCCCAGCAUGUAUGAGAGACCUGACAUUUUCAAACAGGGAAGAUGACAAGAACCAAGCAUUGACAGGAGCAGAUAGCAGUAUAAUAUAA